AUGUCUGGCAAUUCCGAUUCCUUGAUCCACUCCGUUGCUGGUGCUGCAGGCGGAAUUAUAGCCAUGACAGUCACAUAUCCCCUUAUAUUUCUGUCGACCCGCGCGGCUGUCGAGACCAAGAAUGAACAGAAGGUCAUACUAGUUUACCUGGCAAUAUCCGACAUUGUCGAGCGCGAAGGUUUUCUCGGGCUAUACAAGGGUUUGAACUCCUCCCUUUUAGGUAUCGCUGUGACCAAUGGUGCUUAUUACUACUUCUAUGAACGCACACGGGCUAGCAUCCUCCGCGCCCGCGUGAGAGGGAAAGGGCUCAGUACGGUGGAAUCGAUGUUGGCAGGGCUGAUUGCCGGUUCUGCAACAUCCAUCAUCUCGAACCCAAUCUGGGUUGUACAAACUCAGCAAGCUGUUCAUGGCAUGCACGACGCCUCCAGCGCUUCACAACGACCAGCGAAGCGAAGCAUGGUGGAGACUGUAGAACAUAUACUGCGCAAAGAUGGCAUCGGUGCCUUCUGGCGUGGCAUAGGGCCUGCGUUGGUUCUUGUCAUCAACCCCGUCUUACAAUACACCGUUUUUGAACAGCUGAAGAACAUUUUGAUCAAGCGCCGUACCGCAGUUCUUCGGGCUGCUGGACAGACUGCGGCCGUAGCUAUCUUGACAGACUGGGAUUUUUUCUUCCUCGGUGCACUCUCAAAAUUAGUUGCCACCUCGGUAACGUAUCCAUACAUCGUUGUCAAGAGCAGGCUCCAAGCAGGCCAAGGAGAAGCGCUAAAAUACAAGUCAGCAAUCGAUGGCCUUCUCACUAUCGUGCGUAACGAGGGUGUGAGAGGUCUAUAUAAAGGAGUUGGUAGCAAGCUCCUCCAGAGCGUCUUGACUGCUGCCAUACUGUUCGCUGGACAGAGGAGGAUAUAUGAGAUCACGAAGAAGGUGCGUCGGUGUUUUUCGUAUGCUAUGCAGAUUGGCCCAUGUUAUAUGUUAUCACAGGCCGUGACUCCGGUGCUGUCGAAGUAA